AAUUAAAAUAAAUCCGUCAAUGUCAAUGACGAAAUAUCAACUAUUGACGACAGCCGACAGGUGACAUAUGCGUUGUAUAUAGAGGAAACCGUUUAACUAGUAUAACUAAUUAACUAUAGUAGCCUGUAAGACGGUGAGCUAUCUUUGCGUGUAAGACUAAGCUCUUUAUUUGCAAAAUCCAUUUAGCAAACAGUUUUUGUGAUUAAAAUGAUCCUAAGCAAUAUUGAUAGAUACUGAAUUGAAUAUUAUUUCUUAGUAUAAUUUCUUAAUGUACAUAUAAUUUAUUUAUUUUCAUUUAGAUAGGUACGUAUGAAUCGAAUGAUAAGGAAUACUUCAAAUAUAGUGUGAAAUUUAAACGUCAAAGUACUUAAAACAUAACACGUCGAAUCUUAAACCGGAAUUUUCGAAGGCUAAAAAAUUAUUAUCUUUAUACGGUGUCACGGCAAGUAUGUGGGUUCAAAUAUUGUAUUAAAAAUAUCUGGCCGAAAUUACAUCACAGAGAUACAACUGUAGUAUAUGUAUAGUAAUUUUGAUAAUUAUUAUGACCGAGGUUGCUGUAGUGACGGGUUCUAACAAGGGACUCGGAUUCGCAAUAGUUAAAAAGCUUUGUGAGAAGUUCCAUGGAAUUGUAUACUUGACAUCGAGAGAUUCAAAACGGGGUUUUGAGGCGUGUAAAAAAUUAAAAGAAAUAAAUUUAUCACCUCAAUUUUAUGAACUUGAUAUUACUGAUGAAAAAAGUAUAACAAAAUUUAUUACAUAUAUUAAAAACAAGCAUGGUAAAAUCGAUAUUUUAAUUAACAAUGCUGGAGUAUUAUUCCUUAAAGAUGCCCCAGAACCGAAGCUGUUUCAAGCUGAACAGACGCUUCUAGUGAACUUUUAUUCUUUGGUAAAUUUUACUGAAGCCAUGUUACCGUUAAUAAAAGACAACGGAACUAUUUUGAAUAUAUCCAGUUCUUCUGGACACUUGUCAAGGAUACCGUCAAGUUUUAUUAGGCAACAAAUAAGUGCUCCAGACUUAACUUUACAAAACCUACAAGAUUUAAUGCAAGAAUAUAUUGAAUGUAUAAAAACCAACACCGAGAAGGAAGUAUGGGGUUCUUCUCCGUAUGUAGUUUCAAAAGUAGCUGUUAACGCAUACACCUUUAUGUUAAACAAAGCAUUAAAAUCGAAAGGUAUUCGGGUAAACUGCGUACAUCCUGGAUACGUCAUCUCUGACAUGACGCACGGGGCAGGCUCCGUGACUCCUGAAGAGGGCGCCGUGGUGCCUAUAAAACUGGCUUUGAACCCAGAAAAUGGUGGUCUGUAUGUCUGGCAUGAUGGGACUGUAGUCCCAUGGGACGGACCAGAUCCACGAGGAUAUAUUGAUAACAUUCAUUGUUAACAUACAAUUUUUUAGGAAACAUAUUUUAUAUUAUUGACUAAAUAUUCUUGAAGGUAUUUUUAUUUAUAAACUUUGUUAUACCUAUUAUCAUAAAUAUAUAGUAUUUUUUAUUUUCCCUUUUCCGCAUAUUACGAUUUCUCGCUUAAGACCAGAUUUUGAUUGCAUCCUUGUAAAAUCGUCUUAAACGGGUUAUACAACGUUUAGAAAUUGUUUCAGGACAUUUUGUUAUUAUGUGUAUUAGGAUUAGAAUUUUUUCUGUUAUGGCAAUAGUUUUGACUUUAUCCCAGUUUCAAGUAAAAGGUUGGGAGACGCGAGAAAAAAUUAUUAGGACUUUCGUUCCCCAAAUUACGUAGAAUAUAAUGAAUGUUCAAUUCUAAUAGAAAGCCUUUCAGUUGACAUUAGUGUUUAUAAUGACAUGUGGUUUUCACUCGCCUUAGAUGAAGAUUUUUCAAGGAAUAUAUUUGGAUCAGGUAUUAAAAGAUCGACUGAAUAAUCCUUUAAUUUAAUAUUUUUUCAUGCAUAAUGGCUCAAUAAGGUACAAAUUCAACCUAUUCGCAUCUCGUUUAUAGAAAAAAUAAUUUCAAAUAACGUACCUAGCGAUAUAUAUUAAAAUAUACAUACUCAGUCGAAGAGACGGCGAAAACAAGAAAUAUGAUAAGUGACCGCAACAAAUAAAACAAAUUGAUUAAUUAAUUUUAAAUUCCUUUGUUAUCAUAUUUCUCUUUAAAAUAUUUCCUUAUACAAAGAUUUAUCGAACAUAUCACCAAAGAGGGGCUAUAAGAAAUCGUCGAUUGCACUUUACUUGGCGUCGAUGCACUCGGCCGGGUGCUGCGAGGGCUUGGGAGGGGCGAAGCCCGGGGGCAUUGGGAUGCCGUUGUAAGCGCCCCACGCCGUCUUGGGCGCUCCAGACCACUGUUGCAUCAUGGCUGGGACCUGCAUUCCACCAUCAUCUCUUAUUAUACCAUAUUACAAUUUGUUUAAUAUUAGAGCAAAAAGCUAAAAUAUCGUUAGAAAUUAUAGGUUAUCUAAUUAAUAAAUAAACUUCCAUCUAUCGUAUCAAAUGGUAAUAAUUACCGACCACUUUUUCUUGUAUUAGAUGGUUAUAAAUACCGUGAAUUUUUAAUUAUAUUACAUGGUAAUAAUCACCGACCACUAAUUCUUGUACCAAAUGGUAAUAAAUAUUAAAAAAGGGCAGACCCCUUUUUCUUAUAUGAAAUGCUUAUAAUUACCAAGCACAUUUUCUCGUAGAAAAUGGUUAUUAUUACCUACUACUUUUUCUUGUAUUAAAUGGUCAUAAUUACGGACCAUUUUUCCUUGUAUUAAAUGGUAAUAAUAAUUGAAAAUGUUUCUUUGUAUUAAAUGGUAAUAAUUACUGACCAUGUUUAAUUGUAUUAAAUGUUAAUAUUUACUGACCAUGUUUCUUUGUAUUAAAUGGUAAUAAUUAGCGACCAUUUUUUCUUGUAUUAAAUGGUAAUAAAUACCGACCCCUUUUUCUGAUCUGAAAUGCUAAUCAAAUUGCCAAGCACAUUUUCUCGUAAAAAUGGUCAUUAUUACCGACCACUUUUGUAUUAAAUGGUAAUAAUUACUGAACAUGUUUCUUUGAAUUAAAUGGUAAUAAUUACUGACCAUGUUUACUUGUAUUAAAUGUUAAUACUUACUGAC